CGUAAACAAAGUCAGUCAUAUAUUCUCCGCGUUGAGAGCCAGCCAGAAGCUCCAAGGAAAGAAGAAAACAACAAAUCGGCAAAUAGCUUCCAAUCUCGAAUCUCUUAUCAGGUUGUUUUGAGCUAUGGCUUCGAAACGAAUCUUGAAGGAGCUCAAGGAUCUCCAGAAAGAUCCUCCUACCUCUUGCAGCGCUGGACCUGUUGGUGAAGACAUGUUUCAUUGGCAAGCUACCAUAAUGGGUCCCCCAGAUAGUCCUUAUGCAGGGGGUGUGUUUUUGGUCACUAUUCAUUUCCCCCCUGAUUAUCCUUUCAAACCUCCAAAGGUGGCUUUUAGAACAAAAGUUUUUCAUCCCAAUAUCAAUAGCAAUGGUAGCAUCUGCCUUGACAUCUUGAAGGAGCAAUGGAGCCCUGCCUUGACUAUUUCCAAGGUUUUGCUUUCAAUCUGCUCACUUCUAACUGAUCCAAACCCUGAUGAUCCCUUGGUUCCGGAGAUUGCCCAUAUGUACAAGACAGACAGGGCUAAGUAUGAAGCAACUGCCAGGAGCUGGACCCAAAAGUAUGCAAUGGGUUAAAAAUGACCAUUGUGUGUUUGAAUUUGUAUAAAGAUAAAAUUUGUCUGUCCUAUCAGCCAUUGCAAUGAAGAAGUGUAGAAUAGUGCGAAAUAUUACCUUUCAAAAGAAAUUUGUGCUCUUAAUUUCUUGUGUUUAGACUAAUAUUUGUGGAAAACAAGAAAUGUUUAUUUAUAUUAUUAGUAUGUUGUCUUGUGUACUGAACAUUUUAGACUCAAUGUGCCCCUCAUCUUUAACAUUAA